AUGGAUGCCCUCGAGGUAGUCCGCUCUUUUGGCAGAGGUAUCAACCGUGCUGCCCGCGGCGUACAGAAUAAGGUGCGCCGUGACGGUCAAUCAUCAUCAUCAACAACUGGUGCCCUCCCCACCUCUUCGGCCCCAUCUUUAUCCACCUCAUCCACCAGCGCCGAGGAACCACAUGCAUCAUUCACCGGCCAAGAACCCGAUCUCGAGGCUCAGAUUCCCGUUCAGACGGCGUCUCAUAACCAAUACGCCGCUGUCCCUCUCACCUCGCCGCCGCCUUUUGCUGUGACUUCACCGCUUCCACCGACACCACCGCCAGCUCAUACCGCUCAACCCCAGCAUCUGCUCCCAACUCUAACCCUGGGUCCUUCGGCCCAACACCCCACUCACGAUGCAUCUCAUCACUCAAUGCCCCCUCAGUCAGCCGGCUCUACCCUAUCGGCUGUUUCUGAUACCCAGACCUUGAACAACAACAGCACCACUCAUAUCCAUACGCUCACCGUACCGGGAAAUCAGUCGCUGCCCGUCUCGCCGCUGUCGCCCCCUCCGGCCAUUGUCCACUCGCCAGCCUCUCCCUCAUUCACCCCCUCGGCCAUUUCCUUUGCGCCUCAACUCCACCCCAAUUCCCCUGUGCCGCAACCUCUCAACCUCUCGGCAGCGGCCUCGCCAGCUCAGUAUCUCCCCUCGCCCCUGGACUCGCCUCUACCCCUGGAUCUCGAGCAGCAAAUAUCUGGCAAGGAAAAAGAUGGAGCCUCCAUCCGGCCCCAGAGCGCCCGGCCCCGCACGUCCCGCUCCCGGCGCGACUCGGUCAUUGAGAAGGUCGCCUCCCUCGACCCUCGGACCUCGCGCCGGCGCUCAAAGAUCCUCGGCCCCAAGACGGGAAACAGCCUGAUGGACCUGCCGCCGGAGCUGCAGCUGCUCAUCAUCGACCACCUCGAGUUCGGCGAGCUCGAGAACCUGCGCCGCACCUGCCGGUUCUACCGCAACUUUCUCACCAAGCAGACCAUCCGCGACCUCUUUGGCGAGCAGUUCCGCCUCGCCCUGCUCGCCCACUGCUACAUAUGCCUCAAGUACGACCCCACCCGCGGCAGUCUGCUCUGGGCCGACUACAACCACCCGCGGUACCCGCUCGCCAGCAAGUGCGUCGACUGUGCGUACCAGAAGAACGAGCUGUCCGUCGGCAAGAAGGUCGCCUUGGGAAACUACGCCAGCGUGUGGAUCUGCCGCUGGUGCGGGUACCCAGUCACCAACGCCUCGGCGCCGAACCAGCCCGAGUUCCACAAGGGGUGUUACGAGCACUACAACAACGUGCUCCUGGUGUACUUCGUCCUCGGAUGGAUCCAGCUGUCGCUCGGCAUCGUCGCCGGCGCGCUGUGCUGGAGGUAUUUCAAGGACAAAGUGCUCGUUCUGGCGCCCUCCAUCGUCAACUUUAUUCUACUAUGGUGGUGUCUGGCUCUACUCAUCGUCCGAGGGGAGCACAAGCGGACGUACCACAUAUCCGGCAUCAUCGAAGCCACGAUACUCGGCCUGUGGUGUAUGCCCCUGUACACCCUCGUCGGUCUCAACGAGGAAGGGUUCGCCGGGCUUGAGGACAGGCGCGUGACCGUUACCCUCGUCUUCGUCGUCCUCAACAUGUUCUUCCGCCUGCUCAACCUCCUCGGCAACGUCAUCCUCACCUUUGAGUGGCGGCACUACGCCCGGAACAAGCCCCGGUCCCCGCCCACCGCAAAGUUUCUCAACCUCGUCCUCGCCGGCCUCGUCUACUGGACCUACCCGCAGAGCAUCGAGCAGGAGUACCCCCCUCAGUACCACUUCUUCAACACCGGCCGCCGGCGGAUCAAGCGUAUCCUCGCCGAGCGGAACCACCAACGACAACAGCAGCAAAUGAUGAUUUAUUAA